AUGUUCAAUGGCGGCCUCACCAAUGAUUUUCUAACUCACAUUACAAUCUAUUGCCCGCUAACCGAUACGCGGCCAUUUCGAUACAAGGAAUCUACAUCGUAUGACAUCCGCCUUUUCGAAGAGGACUUUGUAACCCUUCAGGGAUUUAAGAAUGCAAUUAAAGAACGCACACGCGCUGGCUUCCUCAAGUCGCAGUUUUUUCGUGUGACAUUUGACAGGAACAUUACAGAUGACACCCAUACCUUCAUUAGUGACGAUGACGACAUCCUGCAGGCCUUUGAUUCCAAUCGUGAGCUUCCGUGGCAGUUGAUCAUAGUUCGAUAUACAAAAGUGCAAGCCAGCAGACUCCGUGAUAAGCUCAAGUGUGGCGAGCAGACCGAGCUAGAUCUCCUUACAAGACAAAAGCGUCGCUACACCCGGUCCUUGGCUCCAAGGGAUGCCGGGCAAGACAUGAAUGUUUCCACGGCAUCUGUCGCUACAGGCGACAUAUAUGGGCACACUGACUACGUAACGGAUGCCGUGGGCGCUUCCGUUACUUCCGAGCUACUACUGUCACAGAGCUUAGAUUGCAGUGCAGACAUGCGUGGACACCAACCCUCCUUUAUGCAUUCAAAUGCUCAUAUGCUUGAAUACGGGGCUGGGUUUAGCAAUCUUCCAAGGUCCUCUGGUCUGACUUCUUCCCAAGAUCCCACUUUCACUCAUCGAUCCUCGGAGGAUGGUUGUCUUUUAGCUACCGACUCAAUGAUUCAUGAACAAGACCGUGAUAUCAUGACCUGGAGCACCAAGAGUCCGUCCACUGGCCCACUUACCAUAAACGAGGCAGUCACUAGGAUCUGUGAUGAAACUCCACUUGGGCGGCUCUUUAGCAACCGCGCCCUGAAGAUCUGGGCAUUAGAAAUCAUUCUAGAAAGGCACAACUCCUUUUCCAUUCCCCCCUCGUUCUUUCCUAUCCCUGAUAUGUACCUCAGGCAUUGCUGGCGUAGCGUGGCAGUCCCCAUAGAGCUUCAGCCCAUUUCUAUGCUUUAUGCCAAGUAUCUCGCUGACAAGACAUUAGAGCACGCCAUUGCCUCCGCAGAAGAUGGCACAGACGAUGACGUUAGUACCUAUAGCGCGGAGGAAGGAAAUGGCAAUACUGACACUAAUAAGUGUAGCCACGAAGGCAGGAUCGAUAAUUUAUCUGACGACGACGAGCAGAUUAACCUGAUCUAG